CGAGACACACAGGUAAGUUUCGUUCUCCUUUGAAUCUGUUCCUUCACACUGUCUUGAAUCUUGGCACAUUCCACAAUCGCUCCGUUCGAGAAGAGGGUUUGUGUUUCGAUUGAAUGGCGAGCGAAGAGGAAAACGGGGAAUUCUACCUGCGUUACUACGUUGGGCACAAGGGGAAGUUCGGGCACGAGUUCCUAGAGUUCGAGUUCAGACCCAACGGAAAACUCCGUUACGCCAACAACUCCAACUACAAAAACGACACCAUCAUCCGCAAGGAGGUUUACCUCACCCCCGCCGUUCUCCGCGAGUGCCGCCGUAUCAUCGCCGAGAGCGAGAUUAUGAAGGAAGAUGAUAACAACUGGCCAGAACCUGAUAGAGUGGGGAGGCAGGAGCUGGAGAUUGUAAUGGGGAACGAGCACAUAUCCUUCACCACCUCCAAGAUUGGCUCUCUUGUUGAUGUUCAGAGUAGCGCUGAUCCUGAAGGGCUUCGGAUCUUUUACUAUCUUGUUCAGGAUUUGAAGUGCUUUGUCUUCUCUCUUAUUUCACUUCACUUCAAGAUCAAGCCUAUAUAAGAUGUGUCUACAAUAUUAUGCGUUCAUCCCUCGGGAUUGUGUACUUGUUCAUCAGCUACUCCUUUUGCUAAUUGGCUUCAACGUUUGAUAACUUGUGUUUUGGUUCUGUAUUGCUGGUUACACACUUUCACAACCCUUUUUGCGACGUUGAUGCUUUUGUUAAAAGUUUGCUUUUUAAGUGUUUGAUUUAUUAACAAUGUAUGAUAUUGUUAAUGAAAUGUGUAAUUGUUUUAA